AUGUAUGAUUGUGCAUUUACAAGGAAGCGACUCAGAGCUUACAAAGCUAAUAUCUAUUUUUUUUAUUCUGAAAUUUCGAGGACAUUAUUGGGCGGAGAACAUAAACCUUCGAAUAUCGAUCUUAGGACAAAUGAAAUUGGAUUAGAGUUAAUGUUAGGAUAUUGUGCUAGUAUAGAUAGCUUAGAUGAACGAAAUACUGGUGUGAUCUGUAAGCAUUAG